GAAAUGUACUCUGUGGAACAGUCAAGUGUCAACAGAUUUUAUAAUAAUUAAUAACAAGAAUUAAAAGAAUUCAUUUUGUCGGUGUAAAUAAAUUUUUACAAGUAUGGAAGGAAUCCAAAUAAUAACUCAAGAUUUCGUCAAUGUCCACAUAACGAAGUCGGACAAUGAAGAUGCGGCUCCCGUGGAGCGCCGGUUCAAGAAAGACAUCACCGUAUUAGAGUUUAAGACUAAACUAGAGCUAGUGACUGGAGGUUCAGCAGCAACAAUGAAACUGAAGGUUUAUGAUAAAAAGAACAACUUUGUGUGUGACAUUGACAACGAUGCAGCCCUGCUGGGCUCCUAUCCCAUUGAUGAUGGCAUGAGGAUACAUGUCAUAGAUAAAUUUACACUCGUCCAGGACUUUGACUCCUCAGAUGCAGCAGAGAGGUUUCGCCUUUCUGAAGAAGAGUAUCAGAAAAAAGGUGACACUCUUCGUUCAUUCCUGCAGAAAAACAAACUGGGCAAAUACAAUGAGGAAGAGAUGAACAAAAUGAAAGAGCAGCAGCAGAAAGAGCUGGAAGAGGAGGCUAAAAUAGCGGAGGCGGUGCUAGUGGGGGCGCGCUGUGAAGUGCGAGUGCCGUCGCAGGGCGCCCGGCGCGCCACGGUGCGCUACAACGGACCGCUGGAGGGCGCGCGCGGCCUGUGGAUCGGGGUGCAGUAUGACGAGCCGCGCGGGAAGAACGACGGCUCAGUGAACGGCAAAAGAUACUUCACAUGUCCGCCCAAGUAUGGCGGCUUCGUCAAACCCAUGUACGUUACAGUAGGGGACUUCCCCGAAGAGGAGGUGGACUUAGAAGAUGAGAUAUAAACGGCUUGCAGUGCGGAGAUGGGAACUAACGCUUUAAUAUGUUAGCUGCAGAGGCGUCAAUUCACAAACUUUUUUAAUCAAUGACAACACAGACACCUUAAUAAAUUAACUAAUUUUUGUCCGCGACUUAAUCUGCGAGGAAGUGCACACUUUAAGAGCGGUUCUCAUCCGAUUGGACUCCGUGAAAAUAAGGAUAAGUGAGGUCUAUAGAUCUCACCCUUAGAUUUGGAAAGAGAUCUGAUUAUGAUGAUUAAAGUUGUGCUGAUUGGGAUUACAACUGUGUGUGUGUGUGUGUGUUACCACUACAGCGCCACUGCAAACGCGAGUUUUUUUAUAUAUUUUACUGAAGACUAGAGCUUUCAACAAUCAUAGAUUAUAUUAUUUGUACUGUAUAGCAAUAUUUGAAAUUGUUUAGUUUUUUAGCAAUUAUUAUUUAAUUAUGAAAAAAAAUAUAUUGAAAACGCAAAACUACACUUAACUGAACUACAUUAAUGGGACAUAAAUCAUACUGUCUUUUUCUGUAAAACAUAUUAGAAAAGGAUGGGCAUUAUCAAAAUCAAAAUUUAUUUAUUUCAUGUAGUAAUAACUACCCUUCAAUUCAACAUAUUUCCUUACGAUAAUAACGAAUGUGCAUUUAAAAAUGUUAUUAGUUAUAAUAAUAUUAAAUAAGUUAGGUUACAUUUGUAAUAUUUCGUAUUGUUUUUAUUGUCUUUUUUUUAAUUUAUAAUCAAGUGCUCAAAUUUCAAAAAUAAUGCCUAAAAGUUUCGUGAACUUUUGUUAUAGUUCAUACAAAAUGACUUCUCAUGCGCCAUGUUAACUCCUCAAAAGUACUGAUCACCUUUACAAUAUGGAAUAGUCAUACUUUUGAAAUGAUAUUUAACACAAGGAUAAAAUGGUGGGUGAGAAGUAAUUAAAGGCAUUAAACCUAUUUAUACCGAGAUGAUUUAAAAUAGUGCUCUAUUUUUUAUGUUUUACCUUGUGUGGGUUAGUAUUUAAUUCAUCCAAGGGAGGUUCUUUUACUUUAUUUUUCAUCCUGUUAAUUUAGUUUAGUUAGUUUUUUGUAUAGAAUUUAUAUCUAUCAGUUGAGUGAUGUAUUGUACAUUCCAUUGCUAUUGGAAUGAAAUUGUAAAUAUUUUAAAAAUAUAAAGUGAAACACUAAUGUCAAACAUGUAUUAAUUCGCCAUUUAAUUUUGUCACACGACUGAUAUUAAUUUUUUAAUAAAGAAUAUUUGAACAUA